AUUUCUCGGCCAUAUAUUUAUCAAAAUCCGUGAUCGGAUUCGGAUUGAGUUGGGAAAUGGCGACGACUGCGACGGAAUUGGUUGAGACCCCAGAAAUGGGCAAAGCAGAGCCAGAGAUGACGAUGAUGGAGGACAAGCUCACUAGUCUCCCCGAUGAAAUCCUUCAAUACAUUCUCUCCUUUCUCGAUACCAAGAUUGCAGUCCAAACCAGUGUUGUGUGCAAGAGAUUGAGGUACCUCUGGAUUUCCCUUCCCGUUCUCACCAUCGAUAGCGAGUCCUUUCGUUAUUACUCUUCCUUCUCGAAUUUCGUGGUCUCUCUUCUUGCUCGCAAAGACGUCUCUAUCAGCAUUUGCAAGUUCUUGUUCGAUAUAUCGAACCCCAUUUAUUCUUCUAUUCAAAUGUGCAUAGAUAGCCAUGAUUUGUUUGAGCCUCUUGUGAAGGGGGUCAUCCAUCAUGUUGUCGAUCAUGGGGUUCAACAUUUGAGCCUUCAUUUUCCUCGCAUUGUGGAUGAAUUGCCCCAGCUUUUCUAUUGCCAAUCGUUGAAAACCCUUGAAUUGCGUGAAAUUAUUAUUCUGCCCAAGACAAACCUGGAUUUUCUUACCUUGACUACUUUGCAUCUUGUGAAAUGUUCCUUUAUACUGGACGGGGAAGGUACCUUGGAUCCUUUUCAAUGUUGUUUCAAUUUGAAAAACUUAGUGAUAAGUGAUUGUCGGAUUCCGUCUAGAGUUAAAAUUUUUGAAAUUUCUGCGCCUCAGCUCACCAACUUAACAGUAUCAAGGAUAGAACAUAGUCGAAAUGUUAAUCCAAACUGUAAGAUUGUUCUUACUUCAACGAAAAUAACAUCUUUCAAAUUCGUUGAGUCCCAUAUUCUCGAGUUCUCCAUUCCGGCACUUCCCUUCAUUGAGAACGUAGAUGUCGAUGCUGCCCUAGCCGAUGAUCUAUUUGGCACCGUACGAUUGGCAAAAAGGAAGUUCAUUUUGCAUUUGAUUGAAAUGCUUCGGGCAGUUGGUGGUGCAGAGAUUGUCGCAUUAUCUUUUGAAACUAUAAUUAUGCUUUCCAAGUUUCUUGAUGUUCUGCACUGCCCUUCCCCUUUUAGUAGGAUGAAAGUUUUAAAAGUUGAAGUGCCACAUGACUCCUUCACCAUUCCUGGCGAGGUCAUAACCUUCUUGUCCAGUGGAUCUGCGGCUGAAGAUUUCAAGGUGGAAUACCUAAAGAAGCACCAAGGAAGAGCGCAAGGGAGGUUAAAUAUCUGAUUUCGGUGAAUUUGUAAGGUGGAAGAUGUAGUUCCUGAAGUUGGCUUUAGAAAAGCAUAUUCAAACAUGUACAGAGGCUGUAUAAUGACUUCUUGAGAAAUCAAUACUUUGGGUGAUACUCAAAGAAAGCAAUUCCAUAAUGGACAACAUUUUGUCUUAGGCUAAAGAUUGUUUCAGUGAUACCAUGAAUAUGCAGGUACAAACUAAGAAUUAUAGGGUUAUUGCACUUUGUAUUUGUAGUGUGUGCCUACUGAUAAUAGUCCCAGGAAGGGCACAUCAAGUGAAGCUUUGAACUUUGAGCUAUUA